AUGCCCGAGAAAGAGCAAGCCCGGCCCCUCGCGCCGGCCACGUACAUCGCCCGCAGCGACGAAGAUGAAGCCAUGUCGGCCCACUUCACGCUCCGCCGGCCGAGGUACCUCAAGUGCUGCGGCGUCACCGCCGCGCUCUUCCUCAUCCUCGCCGUCGUCGCCCUCGUCCUCUUCUUCACCGUCUUCCACGUCAAGGACCCGAUCGUCCGGAUGACCCGGGUCCAGAUCCCCCAGCUCGCCCAGCUGGUCGCGAACCAGACGGCGCUCUCCGGCGGCGCCAACAUCAUCGCCGUCGCCGAGGUCUCGGUCAAGAACCCGAACGUCGCGUCCUUCCGGUACGGGAACUCCACGACGCGGAUAGACUACGGCGGGGAGGUCGUGGGCGAGGGCAGGAUCCCGGCGGGGAAGGCGCCGGCGCGGCGGACGCAGCGCUUGAACGUGACGGUGGAGGUGUCCCCGGCGAAAAUAAUGGCGGCGCCGAGGCUGGGCGACGACAUGGCCGCCGGGAUCCUGAAGAUGGAGAGCUACACGAAGAUCGACGGGAGGGUGAAGAUACUGAGGAUCAUAAGGAAGCGCGUGGUGGUGACGCUGAACUGCAACAUCACGUACACGAUCAACACGUCAGCGAUCCAAGAAGACUGCAGACCGCACGUUUCGUUCUGA